AUGGCAAUAUUUGGCUUCUCGCUGCCUGUCUUCCUGAUUUGCUUUCAUCUCGGUCAGUGCUGCUGGAGUCCUGAUGACUUUGUGGGUGCCAGCUCUCCCGGAGAUAUUGUCAUCGGAGGCUUGUUUGCAAUUCAUAGCAAAAUGUUGCAUUCCGAAGAAAAGCCCCUGAAACCUGUGAUUGGCAAUUGUGCUGGCUUUGAAGUCCAAGUGUUUCUCCAGAGCCUUGCAAUGGUGCACGCUAUUGAAACCAUCAACAACUCAACACUCUUACCUGGAAUUAAGCUGGGCUAUGAAAUCUACGACACUUGUGCAGAGGUCACCAGAGCAAUGGCCGCUGCUCUGCGCUUCCUCUCCCAGUUCAAUGCUUCCAAAGACCUAGUGGAAUUCAGGUGUAACUAUUCAGACUAUACACCCAGAGUAAAAGCUGUUAUAGGCGCCACCUAUUCAGAAGUGUCCAUGUCCGUUGCACGGAUACUGAAUUUGCAGCUAAUACCACAGGUGAGUCACGCGGCCACGGCAGAAAUCCUUAGUGAUAAAGUCCGCUUCCCCUCUUUCCUGCGCACGGUGCCCAGUGAUUCCUAUCAGACCAAGGCCAUGGCACGGCUGAUCCACAGGUCAGGGUGGAACUGGAUCGGCAUCAUCGCCACGGACGAUGACUUUGGGCGCCUUGCCGUGGAGAGCUUUGGCUUGCAGGCCAUGGCAAACAACGUCUGCAUCGCGUUUAAAGAAAUGCUGCCAGCUUAUCUCUCGGACAGCACCAUUCAUGGCAAAAUUAAUCAAGCCCUUGAGAAGAUUGUCAAGGAAACCAGGGUAAAUGUCAUUGUUGUCUUUCUGAGGCAAUUCCACGUAAUGAGACUUUUCAGAAAAGCAAUUGAAAGGAACAUAAAUAAGACCUGGAUUGCAAGUGAUAACUGGUCAGCAGCUGUCAAGAUUAGCACUAUUCCAAAUAUCAGUCGCCUGGGGAAAGUAGUUGGAUUUACAUUCAAAAGUGGCAACAUGUCAUCUUUCCACAAGUUCUUGAGCAAUCUACAUGCAACCCCGACUGGAAACAACACGUUCUCAAGGGAAUACACCAUGCUCAUGUCAACAUGCUCACAUAUAAAUGAUCAGGAUCUGAGCAAGUGCAUUUCUAAUUAUUCUGUCGAGAGAUUGCUACAAAACUGCACUAGACCAAACAGCCAGCUUUGGAGGGAGGAAUUUCUCAUUGCCAAUAUCGAGCCAGGAUUUAUCCACAGCACUAUGCUUGCUGUCCGUGCAAUUGCAAAUGCCAUUCGGAAUCGAUGCAAGGACAGAAACUGCGAAGACCCAUAUGCCUUUGCCCCCUGGGAGUUGCUGGAGGAGCUUAAGGAAAUCCGUUUCACUGAUAAUGAAAGGGAAGUCUAUUUUGACUCUCAAGGAGACAUCACUACAGGCUAUGACGUUCUACUCUGGAAAGAAAUCGAUGGGCGGAUGGUGAUUACCAAUAUGGCAGAAUAUGAUCUAGAGAAAGAUGACUUCAUUUUUGCAGACAAGGAAGAUGAAAUUGAAUUCAUGAACCUAAAGAAUGUCCAGUCCAAAUGCUCCAGGAAAUGCCGUCCGGGACAGGUGAAGAAAGUUUCUGCAAGCCCACAUACCUGCUGCUAUGAGUGUAUAAGCUGCCCAGAAAACUACUACACUAACCAAUCAGAUAUGGAUUACUGCAUUUUGUGCAACAACAGAACCCACUGGGCUCCUGUGAACAGUUCGACGUGCUACCGGAAGAUGGUUCAGUACCUCAACUGGAAUGACUGGUUUGCUGUUCUGUUACUGGUUCUCUCUGCUCUCGGGAUUGUGCUGAUUUGUGCUAUUAUCAUAAUAUUUACCAGAAACGUGGACACUCCGGUCGUGAAGGCAUCGGGUGGCUUGACCGUGUGCUACGUCAUCCUGCUCUGUCACUUCCUCACAUUCGUCAGCACGGGCUUUUUCAUCGGCAGGCCCAAACCUUACAAGUGCAAAACCCGGCAGGCUCUCUUUGGCAUAAGCUUUGCUCUCUGUGUUUCAUGCAUUUUGAUCAAGUCCCUGAAAAUUUUGCUGGCCUUCAGUUUUGAUCCCAAGUUACAAAAAUUACUGAAGAGCCUCUACAAGCCUGUUCCCAUUGUGUCUCUUUGCACUGGGGUUCAGGUCUUGAUCUGUACCGUCUGGAUCACGGUCCGAAGCCCUUUUGUGGAGGAGAACUUCUCCAUUCGGAGAGUUAUCAUCCUGGAAUGCAAUGAGGGUUCAGCAGUGGCCUUGGGGAUCAUGUUGGGAUAUAUAGCACUUUUGGCCUUCAUAUGCUUUAUAUGUGCCUUUAAGGGCAGAAAACUCCCUGAGAACUACAAUGAAGCCAAAUUCAUAACCUUUGGCAUGCUCAUCUACUUCAUUGCCUGGAUUAUCUUUAUCCCUGUCUACACGACGACGUUUGGCAAAUACUUGCCAGCUGUCGAAAUCAUUGUCAUUCUAAUAUCCAACUAUGGGAUCCUGUGCUGCACAUUCUUCCCAAAGUGCUAUAUCAUCCUGUAUAAGCAAGAAGCAAAUACCAAAUCGGCCUUCCUGAAAAUGCUUUACAACUAUUCGUCCAAGAGUGCCGGGAGCCUCAGUGUCAACCAAGGUUCUUUGGACUCUAAGAAUGCGACCCCUCCGGCUUCCAGCACAGAUGCUUGCUGUAAUACGAUGGGUGAGAAAAACUGGGUGAAUGGUAGCUGCCAUUUCCAAGCAUCUGCAUACAGGGAGGUCAGAGGGGAAGUACAGCCCAUGAACAUCACAGAGCCUGCCAUACCAAGGAGAAGACUUUCUAGCAUAUGA